AAUGCGAAGGAGCCUGGCGUCCGCCUGGGCAGCAGCCGAGCGAAGCGCUGAGCGGCGAAUGAAUCAGGGAGGCUUGGGGCGGCGGAGGAAGCGGCGGAGGGACACUCGGGCAGGUGAAGCGGAAGGGUCAAGAGCGCUGCUCCCGAGGACACUUCGAAAUUGCCUAAAUCUUUCUAGAGAAAGUGACUGCAAGUAGUUGAACUGAAACUUACUACCAACGUCUGAGUGAAGUGCUGUUCUAGUGUGUAUCCUUGUUGUAGUCAGCAUGCCAGCUUUAUCAACUGGAUCUGGAGGUGACACAGGUUUGUAUGAGCUGUUGGCUUCCUUGCCAGCCCAGCUGCAGCCACAUGUGGACAGCCAGGAAGACCUGACCUUCCUUUGGGAUAUGUUUAGAGAAAAAAGCCUUCAUUCGUUGGUAAAGAUUCAUGAGAAACUGCAUUACUAUGAAAAACAGAGCCCUGUGCCCAUGUUGCAUGGCGCAUCAGCCUUGGCAGAUGAUCUGGCUGAGGAGCUGCAGAGCAAACCACUGAACAAUGAGAUCAGAGAACUCUUAAAACUACUGUCAAAACCCAACCUUAAGGCUUUGCUUUCUGUGCAUGAUACUGUUGCUCAAAAAAACUACGACCCAGUAUUACCUCCCAUGCCUGACAAUAUUGAUGAUGAUGAAGAUUCUGUGAAAAUAAUCAGACUUGUGAAAAAUAGAGAACCACUGGGAGCUACUAUUAAAAGGGAUGAAAACACUGGAGCUGUUGUUGUGGCUCGGAUAAUGCGUGGAGGAGCUGCAGAUAGAAGUGGUCUUAUUCAUGUUGGUGAUGAACUUAAGGAAGUCAAUGGAAUUUCUGUAGAUGAUAAAAAACCAGAAGAAAUUAUACGAAUUCUGUCCCAAUCUCAAGGAGCCAUUACAUUUAAAAUUAUACCCAGUGUCAAAGAAGAAACCCCAUCUAAAGAAGGAAAGAUAUUUAUGAAAGCUCUGUUUGACUAUGCUCCCAAUGAGGAUAAAGCAAUUCCCUGUAAAGAAGCUGGACUUCCUUUCAGAAAAGGUGAUAUUCUUCAGAUCAUGAGCCAGGAUGAUGCUACCUGGUGGCAAGCCAAACUUGAAGGUGAUGCCAAUCCCAGAGCAGGUUUAAUUCCUUCAAAGCAUUUCCAGGAAAGGAGGCUUGCAUUAAGAAGAUCAGAUGUAUAUAUUCAGCCUUUGAAAAUUUCCAAUAGAAAAUCAUCUGAGGAAGCAGUUCAGUGUGAGGAAAUUGAAUGUUCUGGUCACAACAGUGGAGGCCAUAUAGCUGGCUUUAGGAGGAGUUUUCGGCUAAGCAGAAAAGAUAGAAAAACAAACAAGACCAUGUAUGAAUGCAAGAAAAGUGAUCAAUAUGAUAUGGCAGAUGUCCCAACCUACGAAGAAGUAGCAAAGUAUAAACGACAGCCAAACGAAAAAUACCGACUAGUUGUUUUGGUUGGUCCUGUAGGUGUAGGACUAAAUGAACUGAAACGGAAAUUGCUAAUCAGUGAUACUCAGCAUUAUGGUGUAACAGUGCCACAUACAACAAGACCAAGAAGAAGUCAAGAAAGUGAUGGUGUUGAAUACACUUUUAUUUCAAAACACCUGUUUGAGACAGAUAUACAGAACAACAAAUUUAUUGAAUAUGGGGAGUAUAAAAACAAUUACUAUGGUACCAGCAUCGACUCAAUUAGAUCUGUUCUGGCUAAAAAGAAAGUAUGUUUGUUGGAUGUUCAACCUCAUACAGUCAAGCAUUUGAGGACACUAGAAUUUAAACCAUUUGUCAUAUUUAUAAAGCCUCCAUCAAUUGAACGCUUGCGCGAAACAAGAAAAAAUGCCAAAAUAAUUUCAAGCAAGGAUGAAAAAGGUGCUGCCAAACCUUUUCAAGAAGAAGACUUUCAAGAAAUGAUUAAAUCUGCACAGAUUAUGGAAAGCCAAUACAGCCAUCUUUUUGACCAAGUUAUAGUAAAUGAUGAUCUUACUACAGCUUAUAACGAAUUGAAAACAGCCUUUGACAAACUGGAGAGAGAAGCAUUUUGGGUUCCAGUCAGCUGGGUGCAUUCAUAACAUUAAACAAAUAAAGAUUUCAGAAUGUUUUAAUAAGGUACUUAGUUGGAUCUAAAUGAACAUUUGUUGGUGCAAACCAUUUCUAGCUUUGACAGACAGAUGUAUUUACAAACUUGGUGCCGUGGAAUGUUGAUCUUAACUUUUCUAUGUAUAAAUCUUCCAGUUUGGAAAUAGGAUUUUGGAGGCAGAAGAUCACAGUGAAGCCUUAUUUUUACCAGAUUGAGUUAAAUGCAUCCUCAGUUUUGAUGAUACCAUGUUUUAUUAGCAAUUUGUAUUUGCAGUGGGGAAAUUCCUUUAAUUCAGGAGCUAUUAAAGGUCUGAGAUCAGUGUUGGUAUACAUUUUUGAUAUAAGACCUAAUUGAGGGUUAACACUUCAAAAUGGGGAGACAAACAUUUAUUUCAUUAGAAUACAGGUUUUUAAAGAGACUGAAUUAUGUCCAGUAUGAAUUAUCAGUGUGGAUGUGGGUGAUGGUGGAGUAUGAACUUGUCUUCCACAUUGAGACUGAUUUACCACACAAGCGAAUAGAACUUCAGCAGAAAAAUUACUUAAAUUUUAUCAGCAAUAAUAGUCUUCAUCCUACAUACUCCCUUUGAUGGGAGUCAAAAAAUGUAAGACCUCUAAGACUGUAACUUGGAUUGGCUACAGUUAGUCUUAUGUAAGGUGUUAAGCUGAGAUGUUGGAGGUGUAGCACUUGUGUUAGAGACACUUUUUGUGACUAGUUUUUAUUCAUAUGAUUGCUUCAUUGUUUAAUAUAUAUACCUUUCUAAAACAGCCUUUGAGAAAAUCCAGAAACUAUUUUUUAAAAUGUAAAAACUUGUAAUUAAACCAUGUUGCUCACUUAUUUUAUAAUAAUCACAUACAGCUGAAACCUCAAAUUGCAUUCUCUGCAAUGAAGAAUGUGGUUGGAAUGAAGAAAGCAUUUUGAUGUCUCUUGAUUUCCCCUCAACACAAAGUAUAUUAGUAAAUAGAGAGACAUUUCUGUGCAAGUGAAUCUGUCUUACUGAUAGCAUGUGAUGAUGAUGCAUCACAGCCUUGGCAUGCAAACAGGAAGCCAGUUAUUUUAUGUUAACAUAUAAAGGAGUUAACUGUCUUAUUUAAAGGCAAAAGAAUUUAGUGAGACUAUAUAUAUUUAUGAAAAGAAGGGAGAAGGGAUAUUAAUUUUUUUGAAUUUCUUGUCAGUGUGAUCAUUUAUUAAACAGAUCUGUAGGUGUCUGUGAUUUGAAACAUUGCCUUUAUAAAUUCAACAUUCCUUGUAAAUAUUUUAGUUUAGAUACAGAUAAACCACCGGGUCUUUGCAGAUGUAGCCUAAAUAGAUGAUUGGCUUUUUGGUUCACUGCAUUUCUGCUUUAAAAUUGUGUAAUGCAAGGAAAGUGCCAACAACUAAAACAUUGUGUCUUGAGACAUUUAUGAUACUUUGAUGCAUCCUGUAGCUUGGCACUGAACAUUCACAUACUAAUUUGGAGUGUCUCAGGUUUUACUAAUUUCCUAAGAGGCAGCUGUGUUUCUUUCUUCCUGCAAAACCAACAAAGUCUUGUGGCACUUUAAAAAAUGAACUCAUUUAUUAUGGCAUGAGCUUUUGUGGACUAUAGCCCACAAAAGCUCAUACUAUAAUGAAUUUUUAAUGUUUUAACUUUGUUCAGGACUUGUCCUGGUGGUAUUGUUUUGGUGAACGGAACAUAGUUUCAAUUCAGUUACAUUUGAUUGCUUGAGAAAUAACAAAACUGGAAAAACAAUUUUACAAAUAAAUGUUCGAUUUUUAAAAUACCACUCUGAAUAAAUCACUGUGGGGGUUUUAUUGUCAGGUACUAAGUAUCACUGAUCUUCUGUGGACACAGUGAGAACCAGAGCUCAAAACUGUCUGGUUAUCUACUAAGGUCUAAACUUUGAAUACAAGAGGAUCCAAAGUGUUUCUUAUAAAUUAUGUUUGCUUGUAUGUUUUUGUGUAAGAGCCUAUUCUUAUGAAGUAUGUGUUGAGUACAAGAUAACAUUUAUUCUUUAGAUAUCAAAUGUUAUGGCAGCUCAGAGAAUCUCUGGUAUCAGUGAUGUUGCUUCACCAGUUACUGCUACCUAAAAAGUAGCAUUUUAAAAUUGUGGUCUUGCUAGCAAUAAUUGAGACUUAUUAUGUGUGUAACAUUGCCUUGUUCUUUGUAGGAAAUGGGUAUUACCAUCUUGCUAUCUUCAAAGCAGUUGUUCAAGUCUGCAUUGGCUUUAAAUACCCCCGUUUUGAUAAGAGCACACUCACCCCAGUUCAAGAGCUCCAUUGUUCAUAGACCUUUGCAUAUGUAGGAACUAUCUGUUCUCAUCAGUGUGGUGGAAUGCUCUAUGCACGUACAUAGGAACUGUUUGGCACUUUGGGAUAUAUAUUGCAUGGGACAUUUGCGAAAAAGAAAAACAAAAGAAAGAGACCUGAAGUCAGUUUUUGGGCUAAAGGUGAUACUCUUAUGUUUUUCAGCCUCUUGAAAUUGUAUGGCAUGAUUUUGACAACUGUGUUCUCAUGUUUUAAAUACUGAUAACCUUACUGAAUUGUUGCUGUUUUGUCGUUGUAAAACAAAUGUUGAAUUUUUAUACUGUUGGAUUCAGAGCAAUAUUACAUAUUUACAUGAAUUCUGUUACUGAUGAUGUGCCUGAAAUACAACUUCAUCAUCUUCAAUCAAUAAAUUAUUUCUCAAAAAUCUACUUUUGUAAAGCACAUACGUUUUGUAAAGCACAUAUAUGGAACACAGAUUACAGUAGUCAUCUUAAUAAAAAUGGUGAAAAGGUAUUGUACUUACAUUAGCUGGCAUCAAAUAAGUAAUGUUAAUGAAAUAACAAAUGUCUCAAAGCAGUAGUUUUGCUGCAGGAAAAAUGCUUUUGUUGAAGAACACUGG